AUGGAGAAACUAAAAAGUAUCAAUAUCAAUUCAGUGAAUCAACUGGUGGUGAUUGGAGAGAUUCUGUUGGUAAACACUAAGUAUUUAGAGCUUCGGAUUUUAGACAACAAUUUUCACAAGCUGACAAGCAACAAAUUCUCCAAGGCCUGCAGGAACUGUUAUAAAGUCAAGGCUGAUAUAUUUGUGGAACAGGCCACUACCAAAUUCAAAGAUCUAGGUGAUCAUGGUACUCCAUUUCAGAAGAAACAGUUUGAAGCGUUGAGUAGAACAAUAGUUGACUAUGACUGUGACUCAAAUACAAACAAAACAAAGGGUGUUCUUCGUCUUCCUCUUAAGCAAAAGAAGAAGAAGCAGAAAGCAAAAGAGAAACUCGAGCAACAGGAGAAAGAGAAAUCCGCCACUGAAUUAGAGUUGUUAGAAGAUAAGUUACGUAAGUUACAAGAUGAGAUUAACAAGGAAAAGACCAGAGCAGCUGCUGAAUUAGAGUUGUUAAAACAGAAGUUUGCUGUUGAUAAAAGACAAGCCGAUGCAGAAAUACGCCAGUUAAAAGAUGACGUUAAGAAGAAAGAGGACCAAGAGGCGGCUUUAAAAAAUAAGUUUGCUGUUGAUAAAGAACAAGCUGAUGCUCAAAUAAGCCAGUUAAAAGAUGAUGUUAAAAAGAAAGAAGACCAAGAAGCGGCUUUAGAAAAUAAGUUUACUCUCCAAAACCAAGAUGAAAUAAAAUUCUAUUAG